AGAUAAAUCUUUUUGUGUGUAUUUCAUGUGUGAACACCAGAGACCAGGUUACUGCUCAAAUGUUUAAAUUGUUACAGGACAGAAUCUUAGCUUGUAGUUUUUUAACUGAAUCUAUUUGAUCGUCAAAUAACAAACUGCUGCAGAUGUGGAGGUUGUUAGAAACAAAUCAGCUUCAGGUGAAUUAAACAGUUCACUGAAUGUUUACCAAUCAUCAGACUAACAGUUGUUUGAAGUAAAGUAAAUCUGGUUAAUAGAAUUUUAGAGUCAUGGUUACCGACGUGGUGUCAGGCUUCGGCAGAUGUCGGACCCACAUGCACAGUGCAGACGAGGUGUUCGGUUAAUAAACAGCGUUUAUUGUUCAAGCGUAGUCAGGCAAUCCAGGUCAUGCACAUUAAGUCUCAGGUUUCGGGCACAAAAGGAGCAGGCAAGAUCAGAUCCAGAAAACAUGCAAGGGUUGGGUACACAAGUGAGCUCAGCUGAGGUACAGACUAGGAGUAGACAGAAUCGUGGUCAGACAGUCGGGGACGUUACCAAGAUCUCCAGGCGUAGGUACAGACAGGGUGUAGGCAAGAAUCAGUGGUCAGGUUCAGACAGGAUCGUGCAACAAGGUGGCUAUACUGGAAACGCUGGAAAGUGAUCUUGAAACUCAAAAAUCUGGCAACUGGCUAUGGUGAGUACUGGCUCUUAAAUACACAGGUGAGUAAUGACUAAUACGAGACAGGUGUGCGUAACUAGGACUGGGCCGUGAAGCGGGAACUGACAUAAUGUCACCAGAAACGGAAGUACUAAAAAAUAAAACAGGAAACUGGAACCAAACAUGACAGCUAAAUGAAAACAGAGAGUCCUUUAGAAUAAAACCGGACACAAAAAAAACAGAUCAUGACACGUGGUUGUGGUUGAAAAAGUAACAACAUUAAAAUCGUUUAGGAAGUGAUUUUUUUAUAUUUGUUAAAUUCAAUAAAUGUCAGGGUGUCUAAAGAUUUAUUUAUUGUCUUGUCCAGUUUCAGGCUCCUGUGCAGCGCUCACAUCAGCUAUUAGCUCUGUGUGAAGUAAUGAUUCUGACUGUGCCUGGCUGCAGCAGGAUCGUCUGUCAUUUUUUCCUUCUGUCAAAUGGCUUCACACAUUUGAUAAGAGUUGACAGAGUUUAUUUCUGUUGCACAGCAACAACAAAUAAAGAAUUCAGUUUCACUUAAAUAACACUAAAAACUGUAUUCAACUUCAAAAAUGAAGCUAAACUGAGACCCAACACAUCUACACGUCUACUUUUUCUGUUGAAGUAUUGAAUCUCCACCCAUAUAAAAAUAAUGAAUGUCCUCAUUCUCUUGAUAUGGUUUUCUCUGUGGAGUCAGUCUCUGUAUCCACAAAGUCACUGAGCAGAAGUUUUAUAUCUUAAUAGUUGUGAUGUUGUUUCUAUGUUACUGUUGGUUUUAGAUGCUGUGUUGACCCUUGAACCCAACUGGUCCAGAUUUGUUACUGGAGAGUCUGUGACCUUCACAUGUGACAUGAAGGAAGGAGAAAACACCGACUGGGAAAUUAGAUUAAUCAAAGAUGGACAAGACUAUUAUCAUUAUGGUUCACAUCCAACCAUAACAUUAAAUUAUCUACAUAUAGGACGCAGUGGUGAAUAUCAGUGCUCUGGUCACCACAAGAUUAAUAAUCAUACAAAAACCAGUAAAUCAAUCUAUUUAACUGUAUCAGCAGAAGGACCCAGAGCCAGACUGACAGCAGGUUCAUCAACCAUGUCAGUAGGAGGCAGUGUGACACUGAGCUGCUCUGUGGACGACUCUGAUGGAUGGAAAUAUGAGUGGUACAGACUUACAUCAAACACUUAUGAAUAUGUGACACCAGCAGCUGAUGGAGACAACAGAGAAAUCAGAGUCACACAAGGAGGAAAAUACGCAUGCAGAGGAAGAAGAGGAGAACCAGCUUUCUACACUCAAUACAGUGAUUAUGUCACCAUUGAGACAACUUAUUCUAAUUCUGUGUCUGUGAGUCUACAACUGGACUGGACUCAGGUGAUCAGAGGUCAGAUCACUGUUAGAUGUGAGAUCCAGGGAGGUGGAGACACUCAGUGGGUUUAUGACUGGGAAACAACCAGUGGACAAACAAUCACAGACACUAAUUACUGGACAGUGUCUGCGUUCAGCAGUGGAGGCUACAGGUGCAGAGGAACAAACAGACAGAACACAUAUUCUUCAACACAGUGGAGUGAAGCUGCUGCACUGACAGUAUCAGGUGCUGUGUUGACCUUUGACCCCAGCAGGUCCAGGUAUUUCACUGGACAGUCUGUGACCUUCACAUGUGACAUGAAGGUCGACAAACGCACUGACUGGGAAACCAGAAUCAUCAAAAAUGGAGGAGAAAUAGCUUCAUAUAAUGGAUACAGAAUAAAAGCUCUGUCUACAGGAGACAGUGGUAGAUACCAGUGUUUUAGUGUCCACAGGAAAACAAAUCACAUAAAAACCAGUGAAACCAUCGAUUUAAUUGUAUCAGAUGAAGCCCAGUGUGUCCUCACAGCGUCUCCAUCUUGGCUGAGUCCUGGAGCCUCAGUAGCUCUGAGCUGUGAGGUUGAGCCUCCAUCUGCAGGAUGGAGGUUCUACUGGUACCAGACUGUUCCUGAUGGCUCACACAGCUCCUACAGAUAUGAGCUGCUACCUGGUAGUGAGCAUGGGACUGAACAGGGCUCCUACAUGCUUGAUGGACACACACACACAGCAGGAUAUGUGUGUAGAGCUGCAAGAGGAGAACCAGUGUAUUACACUGACUACAGCAAAGCAGCAUUCGUCUGGUCUGGAGAUGUUGAUCCGUCAGCGUCUCUCACAGUGAGUCCUGACACAGUUCAACACUUCACCCGUGACUCUGUGUCACUGAGCUGUGAGGGAAACUCUACUGAGUGGAGAGUCAGGAGGUUUCCUGAAGGAGGCUUCCUGUCAUCCUGCUCCAACUGGACAACAUCUGGAUCCAGAUGUGACAUCAUCACAUCACAGUCUGGUUCUGCAGUGUUCUGGUGUGAGUCUGGAUCAGGACACUUCAGUAACUCAGUCAACAUCACUGUUCACGGUGAGUUUGAUUGUGACAUUCAUGUGAUGCCACAAUAUGAGUUUUCAUUUGAAGUAGACUGUGAACAUACCACUAAUGUAUGUGGCAUAUUAAUUAAAAUUUGUUUCAUACAUUAGUUCAUUCUACAGUAAUAUUUUUGUCUUAAUUUGUUUUUCCUAUUAAAAGGAAAUGAGCGAAGCAGAGUUUUUUUUUACUUUUUAUAUAAUUUUAUAGACACCUUUUGUAAAGUCCAUACAUGGUCCAUCAAUGUUCUUUUGUUCCAUGACCUGGAAUCUAGUGUGUAAACUGCUUAAUUACUCCAGAUAACUAUUAGUGUCUGUUAUAGAUGGAGUUUAAGUUAAAUAAUAUUUAGUACACUAAGUGAGAACAAUGUUCUGAUUUGACUUUAAGUAGUGGUGUCAUUAACUUUGUUUAUGAGUAUUUUAUUGAUUUUUUUUUCA